AUGCUACUCCAUCUGAGGAGGAGCAACAGCUCCUCCUCGUCCCUCCACUUCAAGCCCCGCGACCGCAAGCUACGCCUGCUCGUUGCUGCGACGGGCCCCCGAGACAUCUCAUGGGCGAGCGCCCUCGUCGUCCGCCUCUCCAAAAACCCCGGCAUUGAGAUGCGCGCCAUCGUCGACGACGUCAUCCCCCGCCUCAGCCAGACCAUCAUCGUCAUGCAUAACCGACCCAUGGUCGCCCCCCUCGUCAACGCCGCCGCCGGCACCGGCACAGGCACCGGCACCGGCACCGACGCCGAAUCGAAAUCAGAAAGGGACGACAUUGAAUUCUACCGUCAGCAGGCCUUUGGCUUGGUCGAGUGGGCCGACCUCAUGGUCCUCGUGCCCAUCGACGCCGACAACCUCGCCAAGAUGAUGGCCGGCAUCGCCGAUACCCUGCUCCUCGAGGUCCUGCGCGGCUGGGACUCGGCCAAGAAGAUCCUGCUCGUGCCCGGCAUGAGCACCCACAUGUGGGAGAACCCCGUAACGAAACGCCAGAUGAGCAAGAUCCACCGCAAGUGGCACUGGCUGCGGCCCAUGCCCCCCAUCCUCUGGCACUACGACGACAACCCCAAGACCCCGAAGCGCAUCGUCAACUGGUCCGCCUUCAACGACAUCCUCAGCAUCAUCAAGAACCAGGCCGACCUCAUGGGCCUCGGCCGUGACGACCCCCGCGACCCCAUCCAGGUCUACGCCCACGAGCUCGAGUGGCUCGUCCUGACCUGCAACAGCCCCGCCAUCUGCAAGAAGCUGCUGCAGUCGCCGCCCGCCCUGCACGACCUGCCGGCCCUCGUCAUCAAGCUCAUCAUCCGCUUCUCCCUCAUCGACGUCCUCGCCUGGAUGGAGGCCAACCGGCCCGACCUCUUCAAGGCCUUUGACGGCAAGGUCCUGCCGACCAAGGCGUCGGCCUACUACGGCCGCCCCGACGUGCUUGACUACUGGAAGCAGUCGCGCUUCUUCCACCACGGCGCCGCCCGCGCCCCGCGCACCGACGCCUCGGACCUCUACGACGCCUCGGCCCUGGACGGCGCCUCUAAGAACGGCUUCGUCCGCGUCCUCGACUGGUGGUGGCGCCGCUCCGGCCUGCCCCUCGUCUUCACCGAGGCCGCCCUCGAGCAGGCCUCGGGCAAGGGCCACCUGCUCGUGCUCGAGUGGUGGCGCGACGCCGCCGCCCAGGACGACCGCAUCGUGCUGCGCCCCGGCAAGUCGCUCCUCUGGGCGGCGCAGCACGGCCAGGCCGCCGUGCUCCGCUGGUGGGUCGCCUCCGGCAUCCCCGUCGCCCACGGCGACAGCGUCGCCAAGAUGGCGAGCCGCUGGGGCCAGGUCGACGUCCUCGAGCUCUGGCGCCAGCUCAAGGGCGACGACAAGCUCGUCUUUGACGCCGAGGUCCUCGUCCAGCCCACCAUCCACCAGCACGUCGACGUCCUCGAGUGGUGGCGCCGCUUCGCCCACGGCGAGCUCGACGCCAUGGACGGCCGCCGCCACCGCGUCGAGUACCGCACCUGCGACAUUGAGGAGGCCCUCGAGGACAGCAUUGGCGACCAGGAAAAGGUCCGCCGCUGGUGGGCCCGCGUCGGCCUCAACCUCGGCCUGCGCAACAUUGAGUGGAUGAGGACAAAGUGUCUGUGA